AUGCCCUCGUCGCUCCCUCUCGCGCACCUGCUGGCGUCCACCGGCCCUGCCGAUUUCUCCGCCAGGCGACAGCUUUCCGACGUCUCUACUGCGAUAGCCAAGUCCAAGAAGGUCAUCGUCGUCAGUGGCGCUGGUAUCAGCUGCUCCAGUGGUAUCCCGGACUUUCGAUCGGAAGGCGGUCUCUACAGCCUGGUCAAGGAAAAGUAUCCUGACGCAUUCUUUACCGGAAAAGACCUCUUCUCUGCUGGGACGUUUGCGAAUCCCCUCACAACAGCCAUCUUUUACACCUUUAUCGCGGAGCUCUCCCGCUCGUGCAAUCAGGCCAAACCGACGCGUACCCACCGCUUCAUCGAGACUCUACACGAUAAGAAGAAGCUGCUGAGGUCCUACACCCAGAAUGUGGAUGGUCUGGAACGGAGGAUGGGCUUGGAGAGCGGCGGAAGAGGAAGGGGGCUGAAAAAGCUGGGCACGAAGAAUGUGGAGCUGCACGGCGAUCUUGGACGGGUGAGAUGUGUGCUGUGUUUCAGCGACUAUGAAGCUACCUCCGAGUAUAUGGAGAUGUUUAGAGAAGGGGAGGCUCCCGAGUGUCCAUCCUGUUCGGAAAGAUGCGAAUCAAGGAUCAAUCGGUCGGCAAGAGCAACUGCCGUUGGCACCCUUCGCCCUUCCAUCGUGCUAUAUGACGAGCCCCACCCUCUGGGCGAUGACAUUGGCUCACUGGCUGCCUAUGACGCCGCGCGCUCCCCGGACGUUCUGCUCAUCAUGGGCACCUCGCUCAAAGUACACGGAUUGAAGCGCUUGGUGAAAGAAUUCGCCAAGGCCGUCCAUGGGGGUAAAAAGCCCGGACUGGUCGUUUUCGUCAAUGCGACUGCGCCGAGUAAAGAGUGGGAAGGCAUCAUCGAUGUGCAUAUAGAAGGAGAGACGGAUAUGUGGGUCGAAAGAGUGGAAGAGGAAUGGAGGAGCAUCAAGCCCGGAGACUGGUUGUCCCAGACUCUUCUUGAUAAAGAAAACUUUUCGGCCAAGAAGCCCCAGCCAAAGGGCAAGAAAGAACUGUCAAAUCGAGACAUCAACAGACUUCCCACCCCCCCUUCCUCACCUACACAGUCUUCCUUCCCUACAUCGUCCCAAGACUCGUGCAGUGCAGUGUCGGACAUCUUUGGCUCACAGUCCUCUGAAGCACUCCCGAGUUCUGAAGCACUCCCGAGUUCACAGGCGAGUCAGGCUACAGAAGUAGAAGAUGCUGUCGAAGCAAAGUCUGCUCCUCCUACACCUCUUUCACCUUCAAAGCGUCGCCCCAAGUCGCAGGCUAGCCCCAACAAGAAAAGCAAGGGUGGGAUCGACGACCUGGCAGAUGUUUUGGGGACGCCAAACCGCAAGAAGCUGUUCCAGGACGACAAAGCGGCGCCUCCCCCGUAUACAUCCGCUGAUGAGGAUGUGUUUGGGACGUCACCUGAGAAGAAGACUGCGGUUGAGGGUGUGCAGAAGAGCAAGGCGACCCGGACGCGUGGGAAGGGAGAAGGAGAAAAGGAGAAUGUGCCGGUGAAUACAGUCAAGGUGCGCAAGACCCGCGCACAGGUGGCUGCGAGUGCAGCUCUGGAUAGAGGGGUGCCGAGUCCCCGGGUGACACGGCGGAGGGCGGCAGUGAAGGGAUGA